AUGGGUGCAUCAGAUUCAAGGCUAAUAGGGGGUCAGGGAAAGGGAAGGGGAGAUGUGAUAACGACAAUAUCUAAUCGAUCCGAAAGGGUGGAUCCCCUUCUCGAGACUCUUAAAUCCCUCUCCGUCAGUAGGCCAAUAUUGAAGUCAGCUUCUCUCACAGAUAGUAGUUUAACUGACAUCUUAGUUAGGAAAGCUCUAUCUUCUUCUUCUUCUUCUUCUUCAUAUACGGUGGAUCCUCAAAUACUUGUUGAGCUCUUCUCCAUUUUCCGUGAAUGCCUAGACUGCAAAGCUCAAUAUAUUACCAACACACAGGAAGAUAUAGAAAACAAGAUAGAAGUUGCAGAUGCUUUGGCCUCUAAACUUCUACAGAGGUUUAACCACUCCGUUUCUGCUAUGAGGACCACUUCCCUUCAUUUAUCUCAUGUUCAUGGGUUGCAGGUGGAGCUUGGAGAACUCAAAGGAAGGUUGACAGAGGUGAUCAACAACUGCGAUUCUUUAUGUAAAAGACUUGAUGCAGAGGGACCUGAAUCCUUAAGGUCAACAGUGACUCCCUUUAUUCUUGCACCUCCUGAUUCCGUCAGUAUCAACACUACUACUACUGUUCUGUCUUCUGAACACCAGGAAUAA